CAGAGACGGCAGUCGGCCCGGAGGGAGGGCGCCCAGGCCGGUCCGGCCCUCACUGCUCUUUCCCGCCAGAGAGAGAAGUUCCCAGCGGAAGGGGACCACAACCUGGACUCUCUGCCCACCCUGGCCAUGAGCGCGGGGGCGCUGGGGGCCCUGCAGCUGCCGAGCGUGCUGACGAGGCUGCGCGCAGAACCGCUACGCUACCUGCGACACAGAGGAGAGGGGAGGAGGGAAUGCACUCCCCUGCGUACAUGCAUCCUACAGCAAACACAGAGCCUCCUGGCUCGCAGACCCCAGCCAGAUCCCUGUCCUAAGGAGGGCCCUUACCUCAGUCCCCGACUUGGGCCUGGGUGCCCCUGUGGCACAGCAGCCAUCCACCCCAGCCUCAGUGUUCUGAACGCGGACCAGGAAGAGUCCUGCACAUCCCACACGCCACAGGUCCCCUCCCUGAUUCAGCAGGGGUUCCAAAUGUCCCUGGCCUGGACCUCCCCAGGCCUUUGCCUCCUACUAACCUCUGUCCCCUCCCAGCAGAUGUCCCGCCUGGCCCUGCCUCAGGCAGCCCCAGACCCGCCGGCCCCGCCCCUGCCGCCCCCUGCCUCAGCCUGGGGAGGCAUCAGGGCAGCCCAUGCCGUCCUGGGGGGUUUGCACCUGACGCUGGACUGGGCCGUACGGGGGUUGCUGCUGCUGAAGACUCGGCUGUGAUGGGAACCCAGAGCCACCAUCGUCCUCGCAAGCCAGAUGUUAUUUAUUUAUUUAUUUCGGGACGGGGCAUGCCUGCCAGGGGACAGCCCCUCCCCAGGUCUCCCCAGUUACAGCCCUCCCUGGAGCCCCAGGGAGGAUGCCUGUGCUUUAUUUAUACUUAUUUAUUUAGCAGUGGGCGAGGCGGUGGGCUGCAGGGCCCUCGCAGAGGGGCCGGGCUCCUACUCGGCACCUGUCUGCAGGCUCUGGCCCUACCCUCAUGCAGGGCAGGAGCGAGCAUUAUUUAUUAAACGACCCUUUCUGUGUUGGAGUGGGCAGGAGGGAGAGGGAGGCCUGGCUUUCAUACAAGCGUGUAAUGCGCCCUGUGGGGCAGAGGUGGGGGAAUUCGUCAUACGCACCUACUUAGGGGUGACUUUGCUGAGGCCUGGGACAGGCAGACAGCAAAAGGUCACUCGGAGAACUCCAUGGAGCCAGGCCUGAGCCUCCUCUGGUGCCUGGCCCUUCGGAGGCUCGUGGUGAAUAUUUCAUGGGAAUUCUAGAAGGUCCCAGAGGGCCGCGUGGGACCCACCAAGCCGAGGACACGCUCCAAGCUCAAGAUGGUCUGUUACGGCGAUGUCGACAAGGGCGGUUAGAAACACCUGGAUGUCCCAGAGAAGGGCAUUGUCCUCGUGCGGAAAUGCCACCUGGUCAUAAACAGGCCUGUCACCAGAGAGACACGAAACAGCAGGUUCAAAACCACCCUGCGACCCCAACUUGGGGUUUCUCUUCCCGUGUAUAUGGAUUUUUAAAGCCCUGUUAAUACUAAAGUUCUGACAAUGGCUGUCUCAAGGUUGGAGGUGAGGGGGGCUGGGGUGACUUACUGUCUGCGUUUGUGUUUGUCAUUUCUAGUGACUGUUUUGCAUGACACAUUUACAAAACAAUAAACUAUUUUUAGAGUGA